AUGAAUGCUGAUAAAUUUAAAUCUACUAAAUCUCGAUUAAAAUCAAAUCAUUCUAUGGAAUAUCAUCGACGAAAAUCGACAGAGUAUUUAUUUCAACCAAUAGUACCAUUCAACGAUAAAGAUCAUCAACGUAAAGAACCAUCACCAUUUCGAACUGGUCUUAAAUAUUUGAAAUUACUAGGUCAAAUAAAACGUCAAAACGAAACGGAUACAAUACAUCAAAUGAAACCAACAAUACUUGAUCGUCUUGAACGUACAUCAGCAUUUUCAACAAAUUAUUAUGCACCAUUACUACCUGUUUCAACGCAUUUAACAAAUAAAUCUGUACAAGUUGAUGAUUUUGAUGAUUUAUCCUAUAAAACGGCAAUAAAUAAUAAUUAUUCAUAUUUAUCGUUCUAUGAAUUUCUAUGUAGUUUUAUUUUAGUAUUAUUAUUGAUUUCAAUAGUAUUAUUUCUUCAUUUAAAUUCAUAUCCUAUGCAUUGUAUAAUGCAUAAGAAAUAUUGGUAUCCUAAUGAUUUAGCAACUGGUUUUCUAUGUGAAAAUACAAAUAUUGAAAUACAUUAUGUUGAAAUCUAUUCCAUAGUUUACCAAAUUGAAAUUAAAAGAAAUAUAAAAGCAGUCAAUUGCCAAGGUUUCGAUAUUCUUUCAUGUUUACCAAUUGAUUAUUUGUUAGUACCCAAAGGACAAAUGAUUCGUCGUAAUGAUCAAUUAAUUAAAUAUUGUAAUCGUACACAGAAAAUGAACUGUCAUAAUCAUUCAUUAAAUAUUUUACCAUAUGAAUAUAAAUGGAAUUUAAAAAAUAAUCACGUCAAUCGAUUAAGUCAUUGUUCAUGUUUAACAGAUUCAAAUAAUACAAAAUGUUUCCAUUUCAAAAUUAAUAGUCAAUGUAAUCUACAUAUACCUUGGUUUGAUUAUUGUCUUAGACAUUCAACAACUAAUUCGCUAUGUCAAGCAUACAUCUUUGACAGAAUAGAAAUGAUCGUGGGAAUUAACAAAGAAAGUCAAAUGAUUUUAUAA